AUGGCUCAGGUGGCCUUCGACGACAUGACUUCAUCCCCUGGUCUAAUGACCCCAAACAUACAGGAGGAACCAGAAGAUGGCGGUCCGCUCCCCCUCGAAAGACCACCAAAACCAAAAGGCCGCAAACGCUUUCUGCAGAGCUUGCAGAGGAUCUCUUCAUCACCUUCGUUGGCCAGAUUGGGUCGCAAUUCGUCUUCCACAACCUCAUUGAUGGGCGGUAGCAAAGCUUCAAUGUCCUGCGUCUCGUUGGUAUCAUCAAGCUCCCGACACGGACAUUCGUACGGCCCUUCCUUUUCUUCUACACAAUCAUCAGCAGGAUUUUCGACCGCACCCACGAGCGUGGCUACAACACCAGGCCCAGAAGCACCAAUUUCCAAUCUAAACGGGAGGCUAAUACGCAUUGGUGGUGAAAGACAAGUGGAUGUUACAUCUACACCACGAAGCGUGCCUCUACCCUCGGAUUUGAAGCCGGCGCCUAGGGAUGAGAGGAAAUCGCCACCACAGUCGAUAGGAGCGGUCGGAGUCGUCGAGGACUACUUUUCAAAGCCCAUUGCCCGCGUGAAGUCAUUGCGAAAGCGAAAAUCGUUCGCCUUUUGGAAAGAGAUGCCUUAUGAGCUUCGUAUGCACAUACUCAAAUAUUUAGGGCCGAAAGAGCUGGUGAGAAGUUCUUCGGUCUCACGAGCGUGGCAUAAGAUGUGCUUCGACGGUCAAUUAUGGGUAAAUCUUGACACAGAAGCUUACUAUCGUGAUAUAUCGGCAGCUUCCUUGACGAAGAUCAUGACAAGAGCAGGUCCAUUUCUCAGAGACUUGAACCUUCGAGGAUGUGUGCAAAUGCCGGAGCGAUGGGGAGCUGACGGUCAUCAAAUACCGGACGCUUGUAGGAAUCUUGAGCAAUUCUCUUUGGAAGGAUGCAGAAUAGACCGGAGCUCGGUCCAUCACUUCUUGAUCAGGAAUCCGCGCCUCGUUCAGCUUAAUUUAUCUGGCCUAAAAGAUGUCAGCAACUCUGCCAUGAGAAUCAUCGCUCAAGGAUGUCCGCAACUGGAACACUUGAAUGUCUCUUGGUGCCAGAAUAUCGACACCCGGGGCUUACUCAGGAUAGCUCAAGCUUGCACCCAAUUGAGAGAUCUACGGGCAGGCGAGAUCAAGGGACUAAAUGAUAGAGCAUUUCUCUUGGAGCUGUUCGAAAGAAACACCCUUGAGAGACUCAUUCUUUCCCAUUGCAAUGAUCUUGACGACGAGUCUUUGCAUCUCCUGUUGGUAGGUGAGAACCCAAAGAUAGACGUACUCACAGACCGUCCCGUCGUACCUCCCCGCAAACUUCGUCACCUUGAUUUGAGUCGGUGUGCAUCACUUACAGAUGUGGGCGUCCAAGCACUAGCAUACAACGUUCCGGAUCUUAUUGGCCUCCAAAUAUCGCACUGCAGUGAAAUCACAGACGACGCACUUUCUGACAUAUUCAAAUCUGUCCCCAAUCUCACCCACCUGGAUUUAGAAGAGCUAGACGGACUUUCCAAUUCAUCGUUACACAACCUUGCGCAAUCGCCUUGCAACGAAAGGUUGCAACAUCUGAACAUCAGCUUUUGUGAGAACCUCGGAGAUAGUGGCAUGCUCCAGGUGGUCAAGGCAUGUCCAAGUCUGAAGAGUAUCACUAUGGACAACACGCGCGUCUCAGACCUCGUCCUGACAGAAGCUGCCGCUCAAGUCUGGGAGCGAGAUCGUAGCAAACCAUCACAACACAAGAGUCCGCCAAAGCCAGGCCUUCAUGUUGUUGUCUAUGAUUGCCAGAAUGUCACAUGGACAGGAGUCCGAGAGAUCCUUUGUCGAAACACAGAACCUAAUCGGACGGAGGUCGUCUCUGUGAAAUGUUUCUACGGCUAUCAAGAUACCGUCAAUGAACAUAUGAAGCGUGUGCUUAGAGGCGACGCUAAGUCUGCUGCUCGUUUGGAGAGGAAAUGGGCAGAGUAUAUGAUCGCAAAUGAAGAAGCAAACGCAGGAGGAGGGGGCUCGAGAAGAAGGAGAAGACGGAUGAGGGAAGCCGCUCUGCUACACGCUGAUGAGGAGGAGGGUGGACCAAGAAAUGGCAGGAGAAGGGCAAGAAGUGGUGGAUGCGCGGUUAUGUGA